CCCAGCGAGUACCCUGAUUUCUACCGGAAGCUCUAUGGUCUCCUGGACCCAUCCGUCUUUCACGUGAAGUACCGGGCCCGGUUUUUCCACUUGGCCGAUCUCUUCUUGUCGUCCUCCCAUCUGCCCGCCUACCUGGUGGCUGCCUUCGCCAAGCGCUUGUCCCGCCUGGCCCUGACCGCGCCCCCUGAGGCCCUGCUCAUGGUCCUGCCCUUCAUCUGUGACCUGCUGCGCCGACACCCCGCCUGCCGCGUCCUCGUGCACCGCCCCCUGGGCCCGGAGCUGGAUGCCGACCCCUAUGACCCCGAAGAGGAGGACCCCGCCAAGAGCCGAGCUCUGGAGAGUUCGCUGUGGGAGCUGCAGGCCCUCCAGCGGCAUUACCACCCUGAGGUGUCCCAGGCUGCCAGCGUCAUCAACCAGGCGCUGUCUGUGCCCGAGGUCAGCAUCGCCCCGCUGCUGGAGCUCACAGCAUUCGAGGUGUUUGAGCGGGACCUGAAGAAGAAGGGCCAGGGGUCCGUACCGCUGGAGUUCAUCCCCGCUCGGGGUCUGCUGGGCCAGCAGGACGACUUCUGCGCGCAGCACUUCACACUCAGCUGACCCUGUGGUCUCCCCGCCCCCUGCCCCAUCAGUGGUUUCGUGGGAGAGCCAACAGGGUGGACUGUGGGCAGUGAGGGGUCUGGGGAGCCGCUGAACCUGUCUCCCGGCUCCUGUGGCGGCCGUGUCCACGGGCCGAUGUCCACAGUGCCGGCCCGCCUUGUGCACCGGCAGCCCCCCUCCCCGCCGCCGCUGGAAAGUGCUGUCCAGGGGCCUCCCCCUUCACCGAAGCCUGGGGGGUGCAGGCUGGGUGCUGGGGGGGACGGGCCUACGGAAGUGGCUUCUGCCAGCCCUGCCAGCUUUCCUGGGCACCCCAGACUCCCCGGGGCUCCUUGUAUCAUGCAAGGGUCUGGGUCAAGUCCUCUAUCUUUCCACUAGAGUUGGACUUUGUGAUCCAGGAGCGACAGUGACGGAUCUCUGUCCUGCUUAGUCUUGGGGCACACAGGGAGCGCUCAUGCCCGUUCCUGGCCAGGUCCUGAGGAGGACCCCUUUGUCCCCUGAUCCCCGGGUCCCAGGGUGUGUGUCCCCCAUCAGAGGGAGUUACAGCUGAAGGCCGCUUGCCGUUCCAUCCUGUCCGUCAGCAGAGUGGGUGCCGGCAGCCACGGGCCAGGCGCUUAUUUCGGUCCGGUGUGUUCCUUCGAGGUCCCAUUUUUGUCAGGUGACCCUGUUUGAAUGCAAGUUCCUCUGGAAAACCUACUUGUCUGGGGACGGAGGAAUCCCGUGUGUGACGGCAGCGUGCGUGGGCUAGGGGGCCUGGCAGAGGCACAGGUGGGGGUGGGAUACCCUGGUUGCCUGCAGCCUCCUGUCUGAGUUCCCCGCACAGCCCCUUCCCGCAGGAGCGCCCUGGGGUCACAGUGGGCCAUUGUUUGGCCAGGUUGGCCUCUAGGGAGCUGCUCCGGUGGCUGAGGACCUGGUGUGCCUGGUGUGGGCUUUGCCGGGGUGGUGAAGGAGCGCUUCUCCUCUGUAUAGGGUUGUGCGAGUAAGGGACGCUAGCACCCCUGCCCCCAGCUGUACUGCAGGAUUCCGUCCUAGGCCGGUUCCUGCCCCAGGGCUUUUGCUCUGCUGUUUUCACAGCUGUCCCUUGCAUUGCCCCUGCUCUUCAGACCUCGGGCUGAGUGGGGCCUUGGGGAGGCUCCACUUUGUGUGUCCCAUGCGGCACUCUCUGCAUCGUCAUGGUCCUGCUGUCCUGCAGUAGUCCAUGGACUGUGCACGCCAGCCUUCGCCGGGACUGAGGAGGCUCAUUAUUGACCUGCUCCUUGCCUCAGCCCCGGGGCCCAGGACUUGCCUGGCAGAGAGGAGGGGCUCAUGCGCGCUGUGGGGGCUGUCCCGAGGCUCCUGGCUACCAGAUGUCCUGCCUGAGCUUCUGUGUGCGGACACCAGGGGGCCGUGUGGGUGGGCCGGGGGCUCACCGAUUAAAAGAAACGCCGUUGACUUAAAGUUAAAUUAUAAAAGGCUUAAGCAGGUU